CUGCGUCUUUAAAAUGCUCUAUUUAUCUAGUUGAGGAGCCACGCCCCAGCGGCGGAGUUAGUUUUGGAGCUGACGUCGGCGAAAUGAAAUCGGCUUGUAGCAGUUUUCCCAACAGAAUGGAAGUUGUCGUUGCGGAGAUACGGGCUAAACUUGGCUGAUCUGGCAGGAUAUUUACGUCCGUUCAUCUUUGUUUCAUUUGCGAGCAGAAGUGCACAUAAACAACGAGGACCGUGUAACUGCGUGCUCAUCGUGUAGCGUCCCCGCAUGGAGGAUGAGGAAGACGAUGUGUUUGAGCCAGAUCCCCACUUCUGGCGUACCACAUUCAAGGAGAUAAAGUCUGAGGAGCGGGCUACGCAAACACCUGGCCCUGUCCUGGCAUUGAACAACGGCAUGCUGCCCUGUGGAAUCGCAGAGGAGCCAAGACCACUCUUCUACGGUAACGCAGGUUUUCGAUUGCACUUUCCGGCACAUUUUGAGCUUGUCGGGGGUCGGGAAGAAAGGCGGCAAGAAAGCGAAGACGCAAUGGAGCAGCGGCAGCCCGUGGCACGCAGCAUCGAGGCCUCCAUCGGUCAGAAACUCCAGCUUAUUGGGGACCAGUUUCAUCGGGAACAGUUACAGCUGUAUCAUCGAAACCAAAGGAUCCGGGGGCCGCUGUGGUGGCGUCUGGCCACGGCCGUGCUGGACCUACUCUCUGACAUGGGCUUCUUGGCCGGACGAGGCGGUGCAAGACGGAGGUGAGACGGUCUUCCCCUCGUGUCUGUUGCUAUCAUCUCCACGAGGAACUGGACUCUCAAUGGCACUGUCAAAUCGAUCACGGGUCUGUUUGCGUGGCACAGUUAAGAUGUGGAAGGGUUUCACAAGGUCACCGCGGGCCGGAGACAACCAACUUUUGUACAAGGGUUUUUCUUUUCCAGAAGAUGCCAUGAUGCCCAGAGAUUCCUCAACAUGACAAUUUUCAUAUUUUGCUAUUAGUGUGGUGUCGUAGUUUUGUACAGUAAUUUAGUUUAAAUUUUUGCACUUCACAAUGUAUCCAUUUUUGAUGACCUCCACGGACCCUCGGAAUGCCUUAUUCAAUGUUUUCUGCCAUGAAGAGUAUUGAAAGAAUUUUACAUGAUGGUUAGAAAACAAAAGGAAAUGUGGUGUGCUUGUUUUGUUUUUUUUAAUCUUUGUUAAGUUUUUCCAUGUAACCACACAAGUUGAUUUAUAAUUUCCAAAGAGGCAACUUCUCAGAAAAAAACGCGUUUUGCACCUCACUUAUUGGUUACAUUUAGCCACUAUUUUUAUUUCGCUUGUCAAUUUUCAUUCUGAAUCAUUCAUUUGCUGUAAUAUAAUUUUCAGUUUCACAGACUGUGUACAUGAAUUGUCUGCUCACCGAGACACAUAUUAAGUUCAUCUACGUACAAGCUACAUGUCAGUAUGCCGUCAGGUAUCGGGGCUGAUUUUGUGAAACUGAGUAUUGCUCUCUUGUCUACAAACCUCUGUGAAGAGGAACUAUUUGGGCUGUAAGGAAAAAGGAUUAUGAAUUGAUCAAGAUUAGAACACUUUAUGGAUAAAAGUAUUGGCACAUAACUUGUUUAAUUCUCGAAGGUUUCCGGCCAGACUUCUUCACUUGUAUUUCUCAUUUAGCAAUACAUUUUUCUAUACAAUUCUAUGCUUCCAAAGUCACGGGGCCAGUUUAGGAAAGGCCCAUAGUUUUGUUCAUUUGGAAUGAACUAGAACAGACCACUUUUUUAACAUCAGCAACCCUUCAAACAUCUUUUCAAAAUAUUCCUCGAAAGUGAGGGGUUUUACAGCUGCACAUCUUCCUCUCUCACUUUACUUUUGGUGUAGUCCUAGUACUUUUGUCCAUCUACUGUAUUACUGUCUAAUGAUAGACUCAAUAUUAGGGGUCAAAUGAUAGGGAACUUUCAAAGGCCGAUGCCAAUCUUUCGAAAGAAAAAGUUUUUGUAAACUGAUGUUUGAGGCCAUAUCAUUUUUUAAGAUAAAGCACAUUGCCCCAGACAUGACACGAAUGAAAAAAAAUAGCUCGUUCGCACUCUUAAAUAGUUCAUGCACAUGAGCUACUAUUUUGCACGCGCAAGCUAAUACUUUGUGUGAAUGUACUAGUACUUCGUGUGAACGGGUUCUUACUAUGUGCGCACAAACUAUUUACUUCAUGUACACGAAAUCAUUACAGCGAGGGCACAAAGUAUAUCUGAAACUACUGGACACGAGGUUAAACACAUCAGAGUGCACUUUCAUUGUUGUUCCAGCAAAAGCUACGAUAUGAAUGAUCAAACUUUACUUUAGGCUGGGGAUGAGCUAUAAAGACAUAUUGAAUACUUGGCAUUGCAUUUAAUGGUGAGAGACAUACCAAGAGGGAAUCGCUGGUAUAUUUGCAAGCCCGGUGGCGUAGCUUGUGAGUCUGUAAAGCUGCACUUCAUGUGUUUACCCUCGUGUCCCGUACGGUGUCAGCUCUUCUUCAUGAGCUCGCUGUAACAGUUUCGCACAAAUAAGGUAAAUAGUUUGUGCGCAAGAGGAAAUAGUUCAUUCACACAAAGUAAGUACCUUAUUUUCGCGACCAUAGGACCCCCUUUACUAAAAGGCGCAGGCUCAUUUUAGGGUGAUAUUUUUGUAUUUAACACACACACAAAGCGCAACGCAUUAUUGGGCGCCUGGAAAAAAAAAAAAAACGCUAGCAUGCGCGCUAGCAUCUUCUUUGUUUUUUUUUGUUUUUGUUUUUUUUUUAAACUUUUUUUUAAGUCAGCAGGGUCAGCGGGUUAUAGAAUUUAACAACGUACUAAAUCAGUUCUUAAUUAGGGUGUCCCGAUUGCAUAUUUUUGCACCCGAGUCCUAGUAACCCGUUCCGAUACCAAAAAUCUUUUUGACCCAUGUUUUUUUUUUUUUUGAACAAUAGUUUUAAACAUAAUGUUGUCCCACUGUGCCACCUUCAUAAUGUGAAUUAUUUUUUAAAAAGGACUAACAUAGAAAAAUGAUUGUGUUUAUUAAAUGCGUCAUUGAGUGAGUCCACUCAAAUCCACUCACGCUGCUGAGAACUGCCUCUCACUUACACAAUGAGUUGCUACAGCACACUACCGCGAGUGUGUAACGACUUAAACGAUGAUUGACACAGUUACACCUUUGAUCGUAGAGCUACCAAGCUUCUCUAACAAGAUCAAAGCUACAAACCUGUCAAUCAUUGUUAACUUUAAGUAGCUAACUUCAGGGCACUGCUGACCAAGAAAAGCAGCAGGAGGGGGAGUGAGAGGCUGCAUGAAGCAGAAAAGCAUAGCUAUAUUUUUUUAAAAUAAAAACUCAAUCAUUUCCACCUGAUUCCGAUCCUCUGAAAAAUGAUUUCCAAUCACAUGAUCGCAUCGGGACAUCCCUAAUCUUAAUCAAUCCACAAAUCCAUCAAUGGCCCCAUCUUAUGUAUCUGAAUUGAUCGGUGAUAGUUUGAACUGGGCUUCGUUAGUCUCUUCACAGUAGAUGCACUCGAACGUUACAGCUACUAGGGGCACGCCCCCUAUCAAAUGCAAGCUUCUCCCUUUAAAGUUCUGAUGCGGCUCUCGCAUUCGUCCGCCUUUUCAAAAAUUGCUUAGUCAGACAGACAUAUUUUGGUACUCAGUCCGCACAUUACGUGCACAUUAUCAGACUCUCCAUUUUGGAGAUUUUUUUUUUUUUUUUUUACUUUUAGGUGCGCCUGAUGGUCAUAAAAAUACGGAAGAUCAUGCACACAAAAUUGUAGCUCGUUUGCAUGAACUAUUUGGCGUAUGCGCGAGCAAAAUUUUUUCCAUUCACGUCAUAUCUUGGGCGCCGUAAUUAUGAAAGACAAGUUCAUUCAUUAUUCAGUAUAUAAAUGUAUACAUUUUGAACUUUUUUUUCUGUUAUUUCCUUAUGUAAAUUGGCCACUUGGUGGUGCGAAAUCACAAAUCACAAUGCUCAUCGCCCGAACAUUGAACAUUACAGUUAUCCUAGUGGCUAUAUGUCAGCUGAUCUUGAAAAAUUCAUCAGCCCGAUAUAUCGGCCAAACAGUAUUUUAGUCCACCUUUAUUUAAAUAAGAUCAUCACCCUUACAGUGAACAUAACAGUUACCGUUAUAUCGGCUGUAUAUCAGCUGAUGGCCGAUCUUGAAAACAGUCCAUAUAUCGGCCGGUCAACCUUUACUCAAUAUUAGUGCCCUAACUUAGAAUAUUUUGUAGAAAGUGUACUAAGUGACAACUUCAAUCAAGCCAAUCACGUUUCAGAUGAGAGCACCAGAUACUUUUCCAUCCUGGGUUUUUACUUUGAUCUGCCCGUGUUAUUUGCAGACCUCCAUGCCCUUCAAGUGGAGCUGUGGAUCCACUGUUUUUGCACUAGCACACCCUUUAAGACUGCCAUUUCUUACUUAACCAACCACUGUCUCACAUGAAGGUUUUCACUCCGUUCAUUUCCACAACGCCCCGUUUUUCAUUCAGUGUUGAGACCUGCUGGUCACAGUUUGGCAUCUGGACAGGAAAGAAAAUGGCCACAGCUUUGUGUUUCGUUUUCCACAACAAACGGUUCAUGGGUGAAACAGAAUCCUCUCAGGCAACUCUCACGAGAUUUACACCUGCUUUGUAUUCAGUGGGGUGAACCUUGUAUUGUUUUUGGUACUCAGAUCCAGAUGUGAGACAGUUAAAUUCAGCACCACAACCGUUCACAAUGCGAACUAAAGACUCUGCAGUGUGUUACCUCUACUUACGAAAUUAGGUGUUUCUGGAAGUAGUUUCCUAGCUUGCUUUUUCCAUGCAAAUGCCCUAAUCUGUUCCAAGCACCCCAAAAUUCAGACAUAAAUCUUAUAUAUUCCAUAAAAAUGCAUCAAAACAUGUUUCAAUUAGAUUAUUGCCCAAUAAACAUAAUAUCAGAGUUGUGCAUGAAGGAAUCUGACCUUUUAGCCCGAUUGCCGGAAUCCUGCCAGCCGAACCGCCAGACCCACGCUGGCACAGCUCCAACGACCCGUGCCGGCGAAACCCCCAAAACCCGGCAAAAAAGCCCAAACUCUGUGCAUUCGCCUUAGUCUUAACCCCAUGUACUGACCUCAUUUUGAAAGCUGGAAAAAGUCUUCGAAACCCCAGUUGACAAUUUAUUCUGAGUCGACAGCAAUCAUACAGCACAGAGGGACCCAGGCGAGGAUUCAGGGUCACCAUAUCACAAGUCAACAAAAGAUUCCCGGGAAAAGUGACAAUGAUUAGUUAAGCAUUCAGUUAUUUAAAAGCUCUAGUGAGGUAGGCCGUGGUCCGGAAGAAGGGUGUGUUUGGCCGUUGUUUAGGAUAGUCUUCUAUCGCAAUUUUGGCUGUUCCGUUCUUGCGUCACAGUUGCUGAGUCACCGUUACUGGGGCAACCACAGUGGGAGAUUUUGCCCGCCUCGGCGUCAAAGGGGCGCUUGGAGUCUUAUCAGUCGUGUUAUCAGUUGGACAUCAGGUUAUGUCCAGUGUUCCUUGUGUUGGGACAGGACGUCCCGCCAUUUGUCCUGGAGUGUUCUGAACAGCUGAUUGUGGGAUUUGGUGUUGCAAACAUUGGCUUGUAGAUGUCUUGCCUAUUACCUGGUUGUCAGCAUCCAUCUUGCUUAGUCAGCUGCAUGACGCACGCGUUGGGCUUCCAUGGUCAGAAGGCGUCAUGGAUCUCUUAUGCCCUAUGUCAAAUAAUUCUGAUUGUUUUUUCUUAAACCAUGAUAUAAAUGCUAUUUAUUUUAUACUCUGUGUGUUAGAGAGAUACAAACAGUCAAACAGUAAUAGGAGAAAAGAUGCUAUUCCCUGAUUGAUUAUAUGAAGUGUGUUAAAGUAAUACAAACAGUCAAACAGUAAAUACGAGAAAAGAUACUAUUCCUUCAUGCAUAAUGUAAAAAAAUAAGAAUUAAUUCACUCAUGCAAAGCUUUUGGAACAUGAAGGGCUGGAAUAUGCACACAUACAGUAGAGGACUCUCUUAGCCAAUUGGAUGCCAGAAAGGAUAGGCAAUAGCCAAUGGCAGAGCAGCUAUAAUUUAAUUCAAUUCCUUUAUUGUCAUUGCAAGCCGAGCAAACAAUGAAAUUAGUAUGUUACAUUCAGUAAACUCUGGAAAGAGUACCAGCCAUACUGUAUUUUUGUCUUUUGUAACAAGAGGCAAUAUUUUCCCGUUGAGGCGUGUCUCAACCUGAAAAUUUUGUAUGGAGAGACGUUCGUAAGUAGAGGUACCAUCGCAGUUGCUAUCGUUGCUUAUGUUUUGAAGACACUGCUAAAGAUUUGUGUUUUUUUCCCCCCCACUGAUGAACACAGGCCAACUUUUGGACCCACGGAGCAUGAACGUAUCAGGGUCUGUAAUUACUUGCUCCAAACAAUGUGUCAAGUUGAUCACUGCGUUAUUAUUCGUUUUUUUUCUCCUCUUGUAAUCAGCAUAUCUCAGGGACAAGGCUUUGUGGGCCACUUGAGAAUCAGUCAGAAGUCAGAUUAUGAGCGGUGUUGCCACGUAUUAUGAAACCUCGUCUCUCUUUUUCCUCCCGAUUUGUUCAAAUAAAGGUACAUUUAGACCAAGGAGUUGCGGGCUGACGGUCUGUCAGCAGGUGGUGACGGGGGCUACUGAGCGUGUAGUUAGGAGGCGUGUGAUAUGCACUGAAUGUGGUUGUAGUUUCCUGCGGAUCCUCAAUGCUGAGCCAGUCCCUGUAGCCCCCUCCGUCCCACCGCUGGCUCUUCGUCUUCUUUGUACUUCUUUGAAACACACCUAUUGUUCAUUAAUGUAAUUUAUUUUUUUCUUCUUAUUUAUUUUUUUUCUUUUAUGUAUAUUUGCUCAUUUCUACUGUAUACACUCAUGUUUGCCAUCACUCCUCGUUGUCCUUAUGAGCCUUUUACUCAUUUCAAGUUGUGAUAGUUGUUACUCUGUCAUGAAGAGCAGUGGUUUAGUUUGCAAAUAGUUUUGUUAAAAAUAAAAAUAUAUGAUAGCAAGUAUAACAUCCACUCUGUCACACCAAAAAUAACAGUUGUGAUAACUGUGAAAGCAGAAUUUGAACAUAGCUAACGACAUUUAGAUUACAAUCGCCUUUAAUUUUCUUCAAUUUUCAGAAGCUACCAGUGUUGUUUUAGUUGACGAUGACUAUAUUGGAAAUAUUUUGUUGAUGAACAUUUUUUUUUCAUGACGAGAUGAUAACGAGCUAAAAAAGUAUCUUGGGAGACUAAAACAUAACAAUACGAAUGCCAGUUUUCGUCUGAGGAGAUGAGAACGAGACGAAAAUGUGCCAUAGUUUCCUUCGCAUGUGUGACAAUUAUGUGUAGUUAGCCUGCAUCGUAACAGUGUCUGGUUGUGUCACUCAUUUGACAUGCUGCCCCCCCCCCCCCCCCCAACUAACCCACUAGUGUCCUCUUCAGUCUCCCCACUGCUUGUUUUGAGACACACACGGUAAGAUUUGUCUUAUCUUGGCAAGAGAGAAUAUGCAAUGUUGCUUUAGCCUUUAAAGGUCUGUGCUAAGUGACCAUCACACACUAAAUAUAACUUGUAGCGUUAGCAUAGCAUUCGCAUUAGCAUUAGGCUAUUGCUAACGGUGAGCGUCCUCUCUCUCGGACAUCUUUUUUGUACAUAUAGUUUGUGCCGUCCAGGUGAGUAUAAUCAAUUAGAUGGGUCUCUGCAAGGCAAGGGCCCAGAUAGCAAAAUUCCUUUUUUUCAAAAUGGCAUUUCUUCGGCGCGCCACACAGCCCAAACUGUUUGACCGACCGUCACCGUUCCAAUAUCAAAAUGACCGUAAUCCUAGCGCGACGCAGGGAAAUUUUCGAAUGACGAUGACAAUAUUGAAUUUCUCCAAAAAUUGCAGUUUCUAGUUGAAAAUAAUGUACGGUUUUCCUGCUGAGUGUACAGUGUAUCACAAAAGUGAGUACACCCCUCGCAUUUCUGCAGAUAUUUAAGUAUAUCUUUUCAUGGGACAACACUGACAAAAUGAAACUUU